AGGUCCUCUGCCGCAUCCACCGCCACCGCAAGACCGCAAGCAUGAUGGCUGCCGCUGCUGCUGCUGCUGCUGUUGCUGUAUUGUAAAUUUGAUCGGUUUGAUUCAAAAAGACCUUUUAUUUUUCGUCCUUUUUAAAACCAGUUUGGCGAAAACAUAACGCAAGAGCUCCCUUACAAUAUUUCACUGUUCAAUCCUUCGUUCCUCGGAACCCAUCUUCAGCACGACAACUAGAAACUAUCAUGAUCGAGGUGCCUGAUGUUGGUUCCAUUUUGCGGGUUGAUAAUUUCGAAGUCUUCAGUUAAUGGACUAAAACCAUUCAACCUGCUAGUGAGCAAUGAAUGUGUGACAGAUUAUCUGUCAAUUCGUUUGUUGAGAAACUUGCCACUUUAAAAAAACUGCAUGCAUAUGCAGCAGGAUACUCCUCACAGUUCGGCGGCUGGAGAAAACAAGAUGUUCUUCCAGGAAGUGUACUUGAGACAGAAGCCUCCAUCAACAUCGGAAAAGCCUUUCAAAUGUGAACAAUGUGGGAAAAGCUUUGCUGAAAGUUGCACCCUUGUCCGCCACAAGCAUACCCACACUGGUGAGAAACCCUUCAAAUGUGAUCAUUGUGGAAGAUGCUUUGCUGAAAGCUAUACUCUUGUUCGCCACAAGCGCACUCAUUCAGGAGAGAAGCCUUAUAAAUGUGAGCAAUGUGGGCGAGCAUUUGCUGAGAGUUACACCCUAGCACGGCACAAGCAUACACAUACAGGACUAAAACCUUUUCGCUGUGAUCAAUGUGGAAAAUGGUUUGCAGAAAGUUAUACCUUAGCUAGGCACAAGCACACCCACUCUGGAGAAAAACCUUUCAAAUGUGAGCAAUGUGGUCGCUGCUUUGCUGAAAGUUAUACACUUACACGUCACAAGCGUAUGCAUACUGGUGAAAAAUCAUCAAUUGAAAUGCAUUCCAAUGGAGCUUAGCAGAACAUUUUGUCUAUAAAUGAACCUUGUGCCACUCUUUUAAUCAAAAUGACCCAUUGUUAGCUUUGUAUAUGUGCAUUAAAAAUGUGUCUGUAAGAAAUUUAAAGUUAGUAGAAUUGUGGAAAGUUAUUACCAAUUUUGCUUCUCAAUAAUGGUUUUAUUUUUGUUGCACUAACUGAUUGGACUUUGAGACCUAGGACAUGCUGUGUAAGCUUAAAUACAGAUCUCAGUUGUACGGUUUAAAUGUGUAUGCUUUAUCAGAACUUGUGAAAGCUGCAAGUUGGCCUGCGAAGGUGAAACCAAUGUGAAAAUAUAUCCUAAGAUUGAUUAAGAUAAUUGUAAUUUUAUCUUGUUUAAUAAUAUAUCUAUCUUAUAGAAACAUAUAGAAAAAAGUGAGUCAUCCUAAUUUAUUUGAACUCACAUAUUCUAAAUAGUUACCUUGAUUUUUGUUUUCUUUUUGAAAUUUUGAAGGGGAAGGGAUUAUAGAUUUGAUUUUAUUGUUUUGGAAAAUUAAUUUUAAUACUCCUGUUUUGGUGCUUUUGUGAACUGUGCUGGUUCUUUAGGGAAACUCCAUAUAUUUGCAGAGUAUAAGGGUAUAUAACAUCCCUAUAAACAGAAAGAUUUUAUUUGCUUCAUUAUUUCAAUCAUUUUGAAACAAUUAUAGCAAGUUGGAAACUCCUCUACAAACCUGUCCACAAGCCAUUUCCAUAGUUUCUUUUGAAUCUGUGCAUCUCACCUACAAGUUUUAUUUUUGUAGCUUCAUGGAUACUUUCAUGCAUUUUUUUCUUUACUACAAAGUUGGUUCAAAGGUGUGGGCAUUUUUGUUAUCUCAUGAAGUUAUCAAGGCGUGUUCAACGACUCAACUGUGGGUACAAAUUUGUGAUGAUGGAUGUUCAAUGUUUUAUGAACUUGAAGCGAUUCUUCUGCUCUACCAAUGUCUGUUAGUUGUCUUUUACCUUUUACCCCCUCUUGACUUGAAGAACAUGCUAUAUAGUUCUAUUCAUUUCUGAGUGGUUAAUUGGUAUAUGUUAGUAAUAUGUUGCAUACUUUUUGCGCUCAAAAUCAUGUUUUACCUGUGAAGCAAAUGACAAUUGAUUUUUGUAGAUAUUAUGUUGUUUGACUGUCAUUCUAACCAUCCUAUUGAAGAUUAUUGUUCUACUGUUUAUUUGUUUUGCCCAAUUUUGGAAUCACUGUAAUGAGCUCAAAUACCAAUUUAAUUGAAGGGUGUAGCAUUCAUCAUGCUUCAAAUAUGAUGCCACAUUGUUUACUUCUCAUUUUUGAAAUUUUCAUGGGAAUAUUUUGGAUAUUUAUAUUGUGUUGAUCAUCAGGAACAAAUAAUUAUAAAAACUUCUUUAACUGAAUGAUUGGUCAAAUAUGGCUGUGAUUAAAUUCAGAUCUUACGUUUUAGUUUGCUUAGAUGAACAUAAUACAGCCUAGCCAAGUAUAACAUAUUGGAUUUCUUUUCUGGUGUACAGAUUUUAUGUGUAGAAUGCUGUAUUAAAAUGUAUUAUUGAAGGUUAA